AUUUUUUUGGGUUGAAUAUAUGUUCCUUUUGAAUCAAGGAUUUUUUGAAGUCGUAUUUGUUGGUAUUACCUGUGUUCGUUGCAAAUGGAGAACGCUCACGAGGUGUUUUGAAGUGUGGAAUGGUUUUCGAGUUUGGAGAAUGUAUACUCCCGGCUUUAAGGGUGAUCGUUAAGGCAGUGUAAAUAAUCUAAUUCUUGCCGAUAACGUGUAGUGUGUUUCGGUCGUUGUCUGGGAUGUCUCAAUUUCCAUACACAUCAUGUUUCAGGCUUGUACGUUAUUCAACAUUCUGAUUAAAAUGCUAAGCCAUUCCAUUUUAGAUAUUUACGAUUAGGAAUAAAAGAAUGUGCACCUUUGGCCAUAGUUCGCAAAUUUUGACUAGGUACAUUACUUAUGUGCACUCUGCCCGUGGAAAGCUUGGAAUUUGGAAUCUGACGUUUUAAAUAAAACGCCCGAUUGCAAGAAAUUUCAGUCAGGUGUAGCUUAUUUCAAAGGCUCGUUGAAGAAGUGUUCUUUUAUAUUAUUAAAGGUGAUGAUCGUGUUUUGAAAGCUUUUGAUAUAUUGGUUGUGUAUUGUAAUUAUAUAUGACUUUGAUGUCAGCUACGCUGCGAUUUUACACUCCCUACUUUGGCAGUCACUGUGUCAAUUUCCAGUUUUCACAAAGUAGGAGGCUUCAUGAGCUCAUAUUUUCAUGCCAUAAGCACCGGUAUCUCACGAACUUUGACGAACCAUUGCCUUUUGGUGAAGAAGAUAACAUUGCCAAUUAUUUUUUCCAAAGUGUGAGCAAGUAUAAGACGCACUAUGAGUGAUUCAGAACACUUCGUUCUCCCAAAUGAUCAGCCCGUUGUGGAACUGGACUGUGUAGAAGCAUUCAAAGGCCUGACUGCCAAAGAGAAGUUGUAUGCACAUUACUUGAGUCAGGCUUCGUGGAAUGGUGGCCUUAUUGUUCUUGUUCAGACCUCUCCAGAAUCUCCACUUGUGUUUGUGUUGCUGCGCAAACUCUUUUCUGCACAGCCCAUUUCUGAGCUGAAGAAGUCUUUACUUCAGGACCAGGUAGUUACAGUUGAUGAGUUUCAGGCCCUCCUGGUGUACACAUCAGGAAUCUUCACCAAUUCUGGCAACUACAAGCAUUUUGGUGACACCAAGUUUGUCCCAAAUCUACCAUCUUCCAAGUUUGAGGCUGUCAUCAAGUGCAGUAAGGCAUACCACAGAGAGCCGAAGGUCAUGCAGUCUUUAUGGGACCAAUGCAAGGAAGCCAUCUAUCUGUUGCAAGAGGGUGUGAAGAGUCUUGGGUUUCGUGACAAGGGCAUAACAACAUACUUUUCCAGUAACUGCACCAUGGAAGAUGCCAAUCUGGUGGCUCAGCUGCUCAAACACAGGAACAUGGAGGCCCACAACAGUCGAGUGUUCAAGACUGUGGAAAAUGGGACUCCCACGUAUGAGAUACGACUUGCAUCAGUUGAGACGGGGCACGACUCAGACGUCACACAAGAUGAUAUUGACUACAUGAGAUGUAAGUUCCGAAUCACACGGGGGGACUACUCGAAGCUACUGGAGCGUGUCGUUCAGAAUUUGGCGAAAGCAAAGGAUUAUGCUGCAAAUGACAUAGAGAAAAGAAUGUUGGAGCACUACGUUCACAGCUUCACACGUGGUACUCUGCAGGACCACAAGGAUGGCUCCCGCUUGUGGGUCAAGGACAAGGGUCCUGUGGUGGAGACGUACAUAGGCUUCAUCGAGACAUACCGUGACCCAGCAGGCAUGCGUGGUGAGUUUGAGGGUUUUGUGGCUUUUGUGAACAAGGAGAUGUCUACAAAGUUUGCCAUUCUGGUACAACAGGCUGAGGUGCUGUUGACAGAGCUUCCCUGGCCCAAAGGCUUUGAGAAAGACAAGUUCCUGCGCCCAGAUUUUACAUCGCUCGAAGUCCUGACUUUUGCUGGAAGUGGUAUUCCUGCAGGCAUCAACAUUCCCAAUUAUACUGAGAUCUGUCAGUAUGAGGGCUUCAAAAACGUGUCAUUGGGCAAUGUGAUACCAGCCAGCUGCAAGCAGACGGUAAUGCCAUUCCUAUCAGAAGAGGAUAAGGUCUUGCUGAUGAAAUACAGAGUGCAGGCAUUUGAGGUACAAGUUGGCCUGCAUGAACUGCUGGGCCAUGGCAGUGGCAAGAUGCUGUGCAAACACAAGGAUGGCCAGUACAACUUUGAUCAUGUGACACUCGUUAACCCCUUGGAUGGUGAGCUGAUCAAAUCGUGGUAUGAAGAUGGAGACACAUAUGACUCAAAGUUCACAACAAUGGGCUCAUCAUAUGAGGAGUGUCGAGCCGAGUGUGUGGGCUUGUUUUUAAGCUUGAACAAGGAUGUUUUAAGGAUCUUUGGCUUUGAGGGGCGUGAAGCUGAGGACGUUGCAUAUGUGAAUUGGCUGAACCUUCUGUACCAGGGGGUUGGCAGAUGCCUGGAGAUGUACCAGCCUUCCACCAAUACUUGGCUGCAGGCACACUCACAGGCACGCUACGUGAUUCUGCGUGUGCUGUUGGAAGCAGGAGGUGAUCUUGUGACAGUCACCGAAACUGUAAAGGGGAAGGACCUCUUGAUGAAGGUUGACAGAAGCAAGAUUGCUUCUGUGGGAAAGAUGGCCAUCAGCAACUUCUUACUGAAGUUACAGGUGUACAAGUCGACUGGGGAUAUAGCAGCUGCACAAGCUUUGUAUAACAAGUAUGCAGAAGUGCCAGAUGAUGGAUCCUACCCAUGGGGCAAGUGGCGGGACAUCGUGUUGGCACACAGGCAACCCCGCAAGAUGUUUGUGCAGGGCAACACCAUCCUUGGCCAGGGCAAUGAAGUGACCCUCAAGACAUAUGAGGCCACACACGAGGGGCUCAUUCAGUCCUGGAUUGACCGUUUCCAGUUGUCCGACAUUGACAUUAUCUUGGAGGAAAUGUGGGAGAAAGACCAGAAGCAUUUCUGAACCUGAGAACACCACACUGUAAGUACAGUCAUAUCAAAGAUGUACUAUGGUAAAGACAGUUCCAGAUCCAGUUCAUUAUGUAUGUGGACUUCACUAAUAAAUAUCUUCUUACCACA